AUGUCAGACAAACCGCUUCCACCACCGCAACCCCUCAACCAGUCUCUCCCUCCACUCCCUCCCCUCGAGACAAAAGCGUUGCCCCCGGUACAUAUACCGCGCCGCCCAGUUGCAAAGCAAGCACCACCACCCUCGGCCCCGGCGAACCAGCAGCAGCAACAGCAGUAUUCUCCCGAGGACGAAAGGAACUCGAUCGGCAGUCUGCUCUCGGCAUACUCAAGAAGCUCUGGGGAAUCCCUCAUCAUGUCGCCGGAUGGAAGCGCAAGUCAGAGAGACUCGAGCCAGGCAUAUAACUCUGAACAGUAUGGGACAAGGGAAAACAAGAUCCUGACACCAACCUCGGUGUCAUCUGGCGACAAUGGCCACUAUGGCGCACAAAAGUUCACAUCCAACAAGGGACUGCCGCCUCACCCGGCCUACUACAAUGAGCAGGCCGGCGCCGCUCCGGUCAACUCGGCACCCGCCCCGACUGCUGGCAGCCCGACAAGCUAUGUAUCGGCAGCAUCGCCGCAACAACAACAGCGACCACUAUGGAGGAGGAGAUCUGUAAAAUCUGAUCGUAAUAUAGAGGUCCCAGAUUUACACCUCACAGUCAGCCACGGGUCAACUGCUGCUUCUUCUCAACCAAACACCGCGCAAUCCUCAUACACGGCAACCCCUCCUCCGACCCAGCAGCAACAAUUCCCCCCUCGCAGCACAUCAAAUCUUCCCGGCAGAAAUAUUCGUCCAGCUCCCUCUCAAAGUCAAGCGGCUCAAACUAACAACAUGGGCCAAGAGGUUUCGCGGUUGAAGGAGAAAAUCCAUCAUUUGCGCGAUGGUCAGGAUGGCGCAAAUGUGGGAACGUCUCAUAGCGACACUGCACUUUCGCCAACCCAACGCCUGCCGACUCCCGACUAUGAGAAGGAGGAUGUCAAAACGCCGGUUGUCGAAACAAUUGUAUCGCCCGUCUCACCGGCUUCCUCCCCCGAGCCUGGCCGCGAUCAAUCGAACGAGUCCAAGCCUCCUAUUCCCCGCAAGGCGGUCACGGCGCGCAACUUACACAACGCUCAAAGCUUGCCUCAAAUGCGCGUGGAUGGGCCUGUCACCAGCAGCGAGGUCCCUCCGACAAUCACGAGAGACUUCGCCGUCAGCCCCGUUAGUCCCGAUCCUCAGAACCAGUUCCCGCCUCGGGCCGCACCCAACAAGCAGCAACAGCAGCAGCAGCGGGAGUAUGUGCCCUAUGCGCCGGCACCCGGAUUCGCGCAGGGAGAUAUGCGAGCUGCCCCGAGAGAUCAGCGCCCCAACCAAGAGCCCGUCGAGUACCGCGAGCUCAAGGCCAAAGACCUGCCACCUGCCGACCCUCGCGCGUCGUUCUUCCCCAUGCAGGGUUCCGAGCCUCCCAGUCCCGGCAUGAUCUAUAAGGCUCUGCCCCUGAAGGAGAGCAUGCUCGACUGCUACGUCAAGCACCGCACCAUGGACCGAACUCGCAACCGCAACUACGCCCUCACCUGCCAGACUUGUGGCAAGGCCGAUACCGAGGACCGUUAUAAGUGCCAGUUCUGCUACGUACGCAUGUGCGGUUCCUGCCUGCAGAUCUUCAACAGCAACCGCAGAGACCUCCGAAAGCUCGUGGCUCACUUGGAGGGUAACCCGCAAAGUGACGGCUCCUCCCAAGAGCGCCCUCCCACAGCCACCGGCAUCGAGGCCUCUGAGAAGGGAGAGCAGCGCACAGAUGAUCAACAACUACAACACAUCGGCGUCCACGUCACACCGCCCCGUGUCCCCGAGCAGACUCCCCGCGCCCCGGUCCCUCGCCGCAACACGUCCUACAACACGUACUGUCUCCGGCGCCAGCGUCGCCGGCAGCACGGCGGCCACAACCGCCUCCGAUGCGCCCAAGACGAAGAGACCGAACCCCUUAUCGUCAUUGCUAAGCAGGAGUUCCUCGACGCGUCAACUAGCGUCCGCGACGACGUCGACGUCGACGAGGCAAAGAGAUGCGACAGCCACGGCAGCAGGAGGAGCAUCGACCAGCUCGGGACCAACAAGCGCCCCCUUAAGCAGGACAAGCGCGCUCUCAGGCCUCACAAGGACGUCUUCGACGAGAGAACCGGGCCUGACGCGGACUCGAUACCCCGCAAACGCCUCGACGACCAGAGCCGGUACUGGCUCCGGACCGUCGACGCCAACGACAGCAAGACCGACCACGUCAGGCGGUCUACCAGCCUCAAGACGCGCCGCCGCACCAGGGGCGACAUUGACAUCGACAUCGACAGCAACAGCAGCGGGAGCAGCCGGGAGUCCGACAAAGGGCCACACGCGCGCAAGAAGCGUCGCGACCCUAAACAACAGCACCAUCCUCCGACCGCCGAGCCAGACGUCGUCUACCGGGGCCGCUCCCCCACCGAGAUCUCGCCCGACGUCCCUGUACGGAGCACCUCCCGCGUCUUCCUACCCAUCCUCAUCGGCAUCAACAACGACCGCGAGACCCCGUCCGCCCUCAGCAACAGACCGCCUCUCCUCCAAACCAUCCGUUUCCUCUCUCUCUUCAGCAGCAACAACCUCAACGACAUCAACACGCACAGCCCGAGCAGGCAAACAACAAAACCAUCCGUCCUCCGCCCAGCCUUCUCCACCCUUCAACAGCACUACUCCCCCGCCAAAUCCCUCGCGCCCAAGCCCCUGACAGCAACCUACCUCGCCGCCCCGUCCCCCUCAAAACUCCCCGCCAACGUCGCCCUCACAGCAGAGACGUCCCGCCUGCAGACCGAGCUCCUCCAGCUCCACCUCCUCCACCGUGACCUGCCGCAAGUCACAUCCCAGUGGCACGCCAGCGCCCGCUCCAAACUCGCCGCGCGCCACGCCAACCUCGCAAAUUCCGCAAGAGACCUCGCGGCCCUAGAAUCCGACGCCGCAGAGCGCCGUAACCUCGUUGCCCUACGCAACUGGGCGACGACACCAACGUCAUCAUCCGCAGGCGGCGGCGGCGGCGGCAAGACAUCGUUCCUACCCCUGGAAGAGCGAAUCCAGCGCCUAGACGCCCUCCUCACAUCCCUCUGGUCCCUCGACAGCCCAGGCGGCAAACACCACCGCCUCGUCCGCGCCUUUGAGCGCUGGGCUUCCACCCUCUCCGACCUCGAAGCCGCGCGCGCCCGCGCAGAGGACAGCGCAGACCCGUCUGCACUCUUAGACGACAACGCCGACGUCCGUUUCGGGGGCGGUCUCGACGCGCGCUGGAAAGAGGAGGCCGCGGCGCUGGUGAGGCGGCUCGAGGGGUGGGGUGCCCAGCUCAGGGAGCUAGAGUAUCGCGGUGAUGACGACGGGGGAGAGGAGGACGGAGACGCGGCUGUUGGUACUACCACGCAAGCGUCGAGCCUAGAGCGCAUGUUGGACGGGUGCGGCAGUCUCGUCAGGGACAUGCUCGACGAGCUGGCCGUCAUGGAGGACAUUGAGGCGGCGGCGGUAGAGAGGGAGAAUGAGUGGAUCAAGAGGAUGAAUAGGGAAGGAGACGACGGCCGCGGCCGAGAUACCCAGAGAGCCGGUGCCAUUUGGAGAGUGAUUUAA